AACCUUCUUCAACAUAGAAAACACAGAACGAAACUAAACAACAUAUGAACUGAGAAAUGGGCAUGAACAAAAGUCGGCAAAUUUAGCUGAAACUUGCAGGUAGAUGCGGAAGAAGCAAGCGAAACAACCAGCCGUACUUCGACAAAUGGGCAUGCCAUAGUGAUGAAAGCCCAUUACGGGAGGCGUACGUCUACGUUAUUCACGAUGUCUAGAUCAUGGGCCUCAUUCGGAAUGAGCGGGCUGGACUUAUGGGCUAUUACGAGUCGUUUAUUAAGUGUCCGUGUCCAACGACGGCCUUUGGUUCUCACGCUUACCUUGGUAAUAUGGCAUUCCACAUCCACCCACUAUUUCCGAGUCCAGCUUCCUAGAGCUGUUGAUCGCUCGCGAAGAGGGAACGAGGUGGAGGUGGAGAGAGGGAGAGAGAAGGAUGAAGCAAACGGCGAAGAUGAAUGCAAUAAGGUCGGGAAUAGUGGUGGUGGGAGCCUUGGCGUUCGGAUACCUAACCUUGCAGCUUGGGUUCAAGCCGUUUCUCGAGAAAGCUCAAGAAACCCUCGAAAAAUCUGACCCUCCUUCUCCUCCCUCCCAAUAAAUUACCACCAUCGUAAUUUUUUUUUUUUUUUUUGGGUUCUUUCUUCCUUUUUUUGUGUUGCACUUAGCUAAGGCCUUCUCGGAUUAAGAGGCAACUAGAGAGAAAG